GGACUUUCCUGUCACGUGUGCUGGAGAUGGCGGCAUAGGGAGAGGCCAGGGUUGGCCUUUCGGGGCCAUGCUUAAUAACCUCACAUCCACAGCUUUAGGAGGUCACAAAGAGCAGUGCAACGACAGCAAGCUCGAUCUAAAGCCGAGUGUGGAGCGACAUCAUGCGCCCGGAGCGAGGCUGCUCGCACACACCAUCCGAGCCGACCACUUGCAAGGUGGAGUUCACCAGCAACACAGCGGCCACAUGUCCACGGUACCCGUCAGCAUGUCAUCGUCAGCAUCAGAUAGCGACAAGCCCACCAAGCAGAAGAGACACAGGACGAGGUUUACACCGGCACAGCUGAACGAGCUAGAGAGAUGCUUCACAAAAACCCACUACCCCGACAUCUUCAUGAGGGAGGAGAUUGCCAUGAGGAUCGGGCUUACGGAGAGUCGAGUACAGGUGUGGUUCCAAAACCGGCGCGCCAAGUGGAAGAAACGCAAGAAGAGCACCAAUGUGUUCCGGUCACCCGGGGCACUGCUCCCAUCGCACGGUCUGCCGCCCUUCGGUGGCGACAUGUGCGGGCCCGCGGUGUUCGGAGACCGGCCUUGGUCCAUGCCUGCUGGUCUCGGUCAGCUGUCACAGAGCGGGGUGUCUAUGGGCGGGUUCGGCUCCGGCGGACUGCCCCAACUCGCGGCAGACCUCAACCCAUCACUGCCUAUCAACUCCGUCGCUUCGCAGCCAUACCAGACGCACUACCCCCUCAAUUCCUUGGGUGACACUAUGAUGUCAUAUUGCAACAACAUUGGGCAAUCGGGAGGAGUAGAAGGUUCGCCCACGGGAACACCCCCACAGCAGCACUGCGCCAGCGCAUCUCCUGCUGCCUCAGGUAACGGUGGCGAACAGGAGGACGACAUGUGGCGUGGACACAGCAUCGCCGCGCUACGUCGCCGGGCCUCCGAACUGUCCGCUGCCAUCCCCCCCUACCUGCAGCUCAACUACGACGCACACAGCCCUGUCUACUAGACCAAUAACCAACCAUCACCAAAACAUACAACUACCCUCAACAUGCCUCUACCAUCUCCCAGUCCUCACCAGUGGAAGGCUCCUUUGCACAGGAUGCCGGCUAUACCACAACGGCGCCAAUUUCUGUCUGGAAGCAGUAAUAUGUAAGCAUUAUUGUGUUUCGGUCUGAAGGGCGCCCUAGCUACUGAAAUUACUAGGCAAAUGAGACUCAUGCUAUGUCUCAAAGUGCAAUUAUGGUGCCGCUCAGUAUUUUUGGAUUUUUCAAGAAUCCUGAGCGGGACUGCAUUGUAACGGGCAGGACGUAUCAGUUACCAUCAGCUGAACGUCCUGCUCGUCUCGUCCCUUACUGUCAUAAUAAAAUGCCUCACAAUGUAAACCAAUUCUUCAUGUUUUAAAUUUUUUUGCUUAGUUACUAACAUCCAGAAUAUCUCUCAUGGAAUCAAAAGAAUGAUUUCAGGUGAGGUCCAUUUGAGGGCCAAGCACAUGGGUAGAUUGUAUAACGAAAUUGACCGACAAUUUUCAAGAUUUUUUUAAUUCGCUUGUUGGAACAAAAAUAAGGCAUAAUCAAUUAAAAAUAGAGUCUGUUAUAUUCUGAUUUUAUUUUAUGAUGACUUACGGUACGCAGAAGUGGUCGCUAACUAUUGGUCGAUGAGGAAGCCCAUGGUCGCUCAGAGGGCAAUGGAGAGGGCUAUUCUCGGAGUUUCUCUGCGAGAUUGAAUCAGAAAUGAGGAGAUCCGUAGGAGAACCAAAGUCACCGGCAUAGCCCAAAUGGUUGCAAAACUGGAGUGGCAGUGGGCAGGGCACUUAGUUCGACAGAGAGGUGGCCGGUGAGACAGAAUAGUCUUCGAAUGGCAACCAUGAAUCGGAAAACGCAGUGUUGGUAGGCCCCCCACAAGAUGGACCAACGAUCUGCUCAAGAUCGCCGGAAUACUUAGGAUGAGGGCAGGGCAGGACUCUUUGGGGGAGGCCUUUAUCCAGCAGUGGACGUCUGUCUUCCGGCUGAUGAUAUUUUGUGAUACUUAUCGUGACAUUAAACUUGGUAAAAUGACUAGUUGAGGUGUAAGUGCAAACCGUUUGAUAAUUAUUGCUACAAUAACAACAGGUUUUCUACAACAGAUGGCGUUGUGACUAAAGUAUCGCUAUUAUGAGAUUGUGGACAUUUAAAUAAUAAAUUAAUAUAAAAUAUGAGCUCUAAUGAUACAUGUAUACGCAUUCGUACAAUAAUAUAGUUAUAAUUUAAUGUAAGUGUCGUCGUUAUUAUCGAUAAGUAGUUACGGGUGACUGGCCCGCCAUUUUGUGAAAUCUUUUGUAUAUUAUAGUGAAUAAAGCUAUUAAACCUAUAAAUCCAUAUUAUUCAAGGUAUUUAUUGUAAUAUAGACUAUAAUUUCUCAUUAUAAUUAUUAAAUCUUAUAUACAUUGUGGACUUAUGGCAGAUCUAAACCUAUUUGUGCUAUAUUAAGUGACCGUAUUCACUUUUGUUACAAUAUAAAAUAGUUAUUCGUAAACUUUUUUACAUUAUAGUGAACUAUACGGUUGCUUGAUGAAUUAGGAUAAUUUACUAUAAUAUACAAAGAUAUUACAGCUAGUUGUUAAAAUACAUUCCAAAAUUUCAUAUAAUGUAGCGCAUUUAUAGAAAUAUUAUAGAAAUUGAGUCAGUGUAAUUACUCCACUAUUAAAUACAAAAUGUCGUGGCGAUUGUAUACGAAUGUAGGUUUAAUUUAUAAUUAUUAUAAAUGUUUUUAUGUUGUCAGUGAAAACGAAAUAUAAUGAUAAACUAU